CCGAAAUCUGUACAUCGGCUGGACCACACGACUGUGCGAAUUUGCCCGUUUAUCAACAACUUUUUAAGGAGGAGGAGGAGGAGAGUAGGGGGGCCCAGCGAGAAAGGAGUUGGCAAGAAUGAAUGACGCUAAAAAACAGGGAAACAUGGCCGCGGACGGGAUUCGGGGGCCGGGGGAGCUGCAGAUGGCCCCCUCUAUGAACCACAACCAAGAUAAUGGGACGAGCGACGAGCUAGUACGUUCGUUAUCACUAUACCGGCGUAGGCCGCGGCCGCUGCAUGGUACAGUGCUCCCGUUUUUCAUGCUGCUUUAUCCAGGCUGGCUUUAUGCGUGGCUCGGAGUGUAUGGCGCUGCCGAGUACCCAGAGGCCGGCCUGCUGGCACUUGCCGCCAUCGGGAUCGCGCACGUCCUGACUGUACUUUCUGGUUAUUGGUCCGUGCACGCGCACUGUUUGCUCACCUGUUCGAAGGAGUCUGAUCCAAGCAAGGCCACUUUAGCAAAAGUAAUACCUACACCCAAUAACGGUUCUGCUGAGCUCGUGCCCCUUCAGAGGGAUCAGGAUGAGAACGGGGAGGAAAUCUUGUCCUUUGAGUUCCAGAAGAUUCGAUAUGUGUUUGAUAGCCGAGAGAGGAAGUGCUUUAUGCCAGUGGCAUUUCCUAUCAACCAGCCAAUGGGAUAUUUCCAGGCAUGGCGGGGUUAUCAAGAGGAGGCAGAUCUACGCGCUGCAGAGAAACGUUACGGAACAAAUCGUGCUGAGAUGGUGGUGCCAGACUUCCUGGAGCUUUUUAAGGAACGAGCUACUGCUCCUUUUUUUGUCUUCCAGGUAUUUUGCGUGGGCCUUUGGUGUCUGGAUGAGUACUGGUACUACAGUGUGUUCACCCUCUUCAUGCUCGUGGCGUUUGAAGCAUCUCUGGUACAGCAACAGAUGAGGAACAUGUCCGAAAUCCGCAGAAUGGGAAACAAGCCCUACAUGAUCCAGGUGUAUCGGAACAGAAAAUGGCGACCGGUGUCCAGUGAUGAACUUGUUCCUGGGGACAUUGUAUCAAUAGGGCGCUCUCCUCAGGAGAACCUGGUUCCAUGUGAUGUUUUGCUGCUAAGGGGUCGCUGCAUUGUGGAUGAAGCCAUGCUAACCGGAGAGUCAGUUCCUCAGAUGAAGGAGCCUGUCGAGGACCUGGACCCAGAGAGAAUUCUGGACCUGCAAACAGAUUCUCGUCUGCAUGUCAUUUCAGGUGGCACCAAAGUGGUUCAGCACAGCCCCCCUCUGCGUGCCAGUGCAGGACUUAAAACGGUGGACAAUGGUUGUGUAGCAUAUGUGUUACGAACAGGAUUCUACACUUCUCAGGGUAAACUCUUGAGAACCAUUCUGUUUGGAGUGAAGAGGGUAACAGCCAACAACUUGGAGACCUUCAUCUUUAUCCUCUUCCUCCUAGUUUUUGCCAUUGCUGCAGCUGUUUAUGUAUGGGUGGAGGGAACGAAGGAUGUAAGUAGGAACAGGUACAAGCUGUUCCUGGAGUGCACCCUCAUCCUCACCUCAGUGGUGCCCCCUGAGCUGCCUAUAGAGCUCUCCCUGGCUGUCAACACCUCCCUCAUAGCCUUGGCCAAGCUCUAUGUGUUCUGCACAGAACCUUUCAGGAUCCCAUUUGCUGGAAAGGUGGAGGUUUGCUGUUUUGAUAAGACUGGCACCCUGACGAGCGACAGUCUGGUCGUGCGUGGUGUAGCGGGACUCAAGGAGGGGAAGGAGGUGACGCCGGUGUCGGAGAUCCCAGUCGAGACCCAUCGGGUGGUGGCCACAUGUCAUUCGUUGGUGACGUUGGAAGAUGGACAGCUGGUGGGUGAUCCGCUGGAGAAAGCCAUGCUAACUGCAGCUGACUGGAGCCUUACUAAAGAUGAGAAGGUGUUUCCUCGCAGCAUCAAGACACCAGGACUGAAAAUUCACCAGCGGUUCCACUUUGCCAGUGCCUUGAAGAGAAUGUCAGUUCUGGCAUCGUACGAGAGACUGGGCUCCACUGAGCUCUGUUACAUCUCCACUGUGAAAGGGGCACCAGAGACCCUGAGGAGCAUGUUCUCAGAAUGUCCAGAGAAUUACGACGAGGUGCACAGAGAGAUGUCGCGCGAGGGGGCCAGGGUUCUGGCGUUGGGCUAUAAAGAGAUGGGCCACCUCAGCCACCAGCAGGUGAGGGAGGUCAGCCGUGAAGCUCUGGAAUGUGACCUGCGUUUUGCUGGAUUCAUGGUCGUCUCAUGCCCGCUGAAGAACGACAGCAAGGCUGUGAUAAGGGAGAUCCAGGAAGCGUCUCACCAUGUUGUUAUGAUCACUGGAGACAAUCCAUUGACUGCCUGUCAUGUUGCCAGAGAGUUACACUUCAUCCAGAAAGAGCACACACUGAUUCUACAGCAGGGCUCCACACAAGGUCAGUUAUGUGAAUGGCAGUGGGAAUCUAUCGAUGGCACCGUGCGUGUCCCCCUGCCCCCUCCCUCUGUGUCAGCACUAGUCAAACAGUAUGACCUAUGCGUGACCGGGGAGGGGCUGGCCAAACUGACCUAUGACCCUCCAUUGCUCAAUGCCCUUUUGCCCCAUGUCAGAGUCUUCGCUCGAGUCAGCCCUAAACAGAAGGAGUUUGUCAUAACAAGCUUGAAGGGACUGGGGUUUGUGACUUUGAUGUGCGGAGAUGGGACAAAUGACGUCGGAGCACUCAAACACGCCCACAUCGGAGUUGCGCUGUUGGCUAACGCUCCUGAGCGCAUGCCUGAGAAGAAGAGGAAAGUGAGAGAGAAGGAGUCUUCUGUUGACAAUUCAAGGCCUUUACCUCCUGUGUCAAGUUCAAGCGUCAAACUGAGCUCCCGUGCGGCGAGGCAGAGAAUGAUGGCUCACAGAGAGGAUCAGCUUGCCCUUCAGAAGGAGAGGAUAAGUCAAGUACUCCGUGAGCUGGAGGAGGAGCAGAUCCAAGUGGUCAAACUGGGAGAUGCCUCAAUCGCUGCUCCAUUUACUUCCAAACUGUCCUCCAUACAGUGCAUUUGUCAUGUGAUCAAACAGGGUCGCUGCACCCUGGUUACCACUCUACAGAUGUUUAAAAUCUUGGCCCUGAAUGCUCUGGUGUUAGCCUACAGUCAGUCUGUGCUCUACCUGGAAGGAGUCAAGUUCAGUGACUUUCAGGCCACGCUGCAAGGGUUACUGCUCGCUGGUUGCUUUCUGUUCAUCUCACGGUCAAAGCCCCUGAGGACCCUUUCUAGAGAACGGCCCUUACCCAACAUCUUCAACCUGUACACAGUGCUGACGGUGCUGCUGCAGUUUGCUGUUCACUUCUGCAGUCUGGUGUAUCUGUACAAAGAGGCCCAGAGCAGAAGCCCUCCCAGGGAGGAACAGUUUGUUGACCUGUACAAAGAGUUUGAGCCAAGCCUAAUCAACAGCACUGUCUAUAUAAUGUCCAUGGCAAUGCAGAUGGCUACUUUUGCCAUUAACUAUAAGGGUCAUCCUUUCAUGGAAUCUCUCAGUGAGAAUCGGCCGUUGCUGUGGAGUAUUGCCCUGUCAGGAUUUGCCAUUGUGGGAUUACUAACUGGAUCAUCACCAGAGUUCAACGAGCAGUUUGCCCUUGUGGAAAUUCCAACAGAGUUUAAGCUGGUAAUAGCACAGGUGCUGGUGUUGGAUUUUGUCGUUGCCUUGCUGAUGGAUCGAGUUUUGCAGUUUCUGCUGGGUAAAGGAACUCUGAGGUUGCCAUCCUGAAAUGUCAAGCAAAAUUGUUCCCCCCAAAAUAAACGCUGCCCUUAGCAACCAGACUUUAAAGGGGGAAGGGCACAGAAGAAAACUUGUGGCAAACUCAGCAACGCACACAAGAGGGCUGAGAUGGACAGGGAUGGGACUCAAUACUGUUCACUCUUCAGUGUUCCCAAAUUUUCUUGUUCUCUUUCCUUCUCUUCUUCUUUUUCUCUUCCUUUCCUUCUUUCCUUUUUCUUUAUACUUACUUUGACCUCCCUCUCUGCUUUUUAAGUUACUUUUUUUCACCAAUAUCUUUCCCUGUUGUCUCUCUUCCCCUUCCCUCAAAAGGCCAAGAAGAUAACAGUAUUGUGUGGAGUGUGUGUGUGUGUGUGUGUAUGUGUGUGUGUGUGUGUAUGUGUGCUUUUGUGCGCUUGACUCGCACAGAGGACGGAGGCAUUCUCCAGGAGAAUUGCAAAGUGUU